AGUCAUUCUAACCCCCCCCCCCAUCACAGGAGCAUUUUCCUAACUACGUUUCACGCUUUUAUCAAUUUAGGAGUCGCAGCGAGAAGACACCCGUCUUUAAUUUCACGGUGAAAAAUGACCUCGAUUCGGUUAAAUCUGCCAACGUUAUUGAAUCGUCUCUUAAUCUGCGUCGCUUUGCUGUUGAAUAACCGCUGCUGUGUCGUUGCCAAGUGGUAUCACAGACCCAACGUUGUUUUGAUCCUCACCGAUGACCUGGACGUCGUUAUUGGGGGCAUGACCCCACUGAACAAGACCAAGAAACUGAUUGGUGAAGCAGGGAUCACCUUUACCAACGCUUUUGUAGCCAGCCCACUGUGCUGUCCCAGCAGAGCCAGCAUCCUAACAGGAAAGUAUCCUCAUAACCACCAUGUGAUCAACAACACUCUGGAGGGGAACUGCAGCAGCACGGCCUGGCAGAAGACCCAGGAGCCCAAGACCUUCCCUGCUCUACUGCAGGCCUACGCUGGUUACCAGACCUUCUUCGCUGGGAAGUACCUCAACCAGUAUGGGAACCCAGAUGCAGGAGGAGUGGAGCACGUUCCUCUGGGAUGGGACUACUGGGUCGGACUGGAGAGGAACUCUCGGUACUACAACUACACACUGUCUGUGAAUGGGAAGCCUAAGAAGCAUGGAGGGAACUACAGUGAAGACUACCUGACAGACGUACUGACCAACAUGUCUCUAGACUUCCUCCAGUAUAAGUCUAACUACCGUCCGUUUUUCAUGAUGGUUUCGACCCCCGCCCCCCACGCCCCCUGGACCCCCGCCCCGCAGUACCAGGACCGCUUCAAGGACCUCAAGGCCCCUCGAGACCCCAACUUCAACGUCCAUGGGAAGGACAAGCACUGGCUGAUCAGACAGGCCAAAACUCCCAUGACGAACUCCUCUAUCGAGUUGCUGGACGAGGCCUACAGGAAACGGUGGCGUACUCUGCUGUCAGUGGAUGACUUGGUGGAGAAGGUGGUGAAGAGGUUAGAGGUCAGAGGGGAACUGGACAACACUUACAUCAUCUUUACCUCAGACAACGGAUACCACACAGGUCAGUUCUCUCUCCCCCUGGAUAAGAGGCAGCUGUAUGAGUCUGAUAUAAGAGUACCUCUGCUGAUCCGAGGGCCCAACAUCAAGCCUAACCAGACCACCGGGCUGGCGGUCCAGAACGUUGACCUGGGUCCUACCAUCCUGGACAUGGCCGGGUACAACGUCAGCAAGACUUCCAUGGACGGCAUGUCCUUCCUGUCUGUACUGGAGGGAUCUGUGAACAGCACUACGUGGAGAACAGACUUCCUGGUGGAGUAUGAAGGGGAGGGGUCUAAUGUGUCUGAUCCCGCCUGCCCCCUGCUGGGUCCUGGGGUCUCCGUAUGUUUCCCUGACUGUGUGUGUGAGGACUCCUUCAACAACACUUACGCCUGCGUUCGUACCGUCGCCCCCUCUGUCAACCUCCAGUACUGCGAGUUUGAUGACAACGAGGUGUUUGUAGAGGUAUAUAACAUGACAGUUGACCCCUACCAGCUCAUUAACCUGGCUAAGACCAUCGAGGAAGUCCUGGAGAAGAUGAACCACAGACUGAUGAUGCUCCAGUCCUGUUCUGGACAGUCCUGUAACCCUGGGGUCUACGAUACACG